CUCCUCAACUUCGCCCCUGUCACUUCCAUCGCGGUAAUGUUUGCACAGCUAAAGAGCAGACAAUGCCUGUGGAAAGCCUGCCUGUCCGGGACGCGUCCAUCCAUUUCCGUUUAUUACAGCAGUAUCUGGUUCUUCUGAAGAAAUACCCCAUCCUUACUAAGUCUGUAACGAGUGGCGUCCUCUCAGCUUUAGGAAAUCUACUGUCUCAGAUUUUGGAGGCAAGAAAAAAGGCCAAAAAUGGGGGUCCCGUCAAUGCGAUUGACACAGCUGGAGCUACACGCUAUGCCAUUUAUGGGUUGUUUAUUACUGGACCAGUGAGCCAUUACUUUUACCAGCUGAUGGAGGUGUGGAUGCCCAGCACAGACCCGUACUGCAUCGUCAAACGGCUGCUACUGGACCGACUUUUUUUUGCCCCUGGCUUUCUGCUGCUUUUCUACUUUGUUAUGAACAUCUUGGAGGCUAAAGGAUGGGGAGACUUUGAAAAGAAGAUGAAAGCGAGUUACUGGACUGCUUUAAAAAUGAACUGGAAAGUUUGGACUCCCUUCCAGUUCAUCAACAUCAACUUUGUGCCUGUUCAGUUCCGAGUGCUGUUUGCCAACAUGAUCGCCUUGUUUUGGUAUGCCUACCUCGCAUCUGUGAGGAAAUAAAGCUGCCUUUGAUUUUGUCGCAGAGGCUGAAGCUGGAGGAAAACUGCUUCUUCGGGCUGUUUACCGUACUACCACUGUGUGACUGUUCCUAAUCUGGACUUUUGUUCAAGUGCAGUAGCUCUUCUGAUGAUCUCCAAACCAACCAAUGAGUUUGAGCCGUUAUAACAAGCUGCUAUGACAGUUUGUGUUUCUAUUAACAGAACAUAGUAAGUAUAGUUUAUUAUAAAUUUGUUUUUUUAAAAAAACACUGCCAUGAUUUUAGAUAGAUAGAUAUACUUUAUUGAGCCCAGGCUGGGAAGUUACAGUGCUGCAGCAGCAUUGCACACCGUGAUGAUACCAUGAAAGAAAAAGAAUAAACUAUACAGUUUAAUAGUAAACAUGGAAUUAAUUAAUUGAGCCAAUCAAUUUCAUAUAUUGGAUUUCAGUUUGAAAUCUAAUGCUAAAGUGCCUUUUUUUUAAACUUGCAGCUCCGCCUCCGAGUUGAGGAAAUGAUGCAAUGAUGCACAUGAAUUCACAUUGGAAACUUUAUUUUAAAAGGUAUCAUCACAUGUUGAGUGAGCAAUACAAAAAUUAAUAUAUUAAGACGAAACAAACUCUCAAGUUUUGUCAGAAUGACACAUGUGGGGAAUGUACUGGUUUUUUACAAAGGAAGGUACAAUUAAAUAAGAAAUCUGGUACUAA